AUGUCCCCCACGACAUUCCAGAACAAGGCCAAUGCUCUCUUCCAGUCCAUGUUGCCGAACAAAAAAGAUCGCCCGCUCGCCCGCUCGCCCGGUUGUCCGCCUAGCCGACGAGGAGCUAUCUUGCUGGAAAGUCUUGAUAUUUGGGGGAGGGGGGUCCGGAUUAAAGCGGCAAGAGUAUGGACAUACACAGAAAGGGUCAGGGGGGGGCAAGCAGUAGGGCUUAGCGGUAGUCUCCCCGAAUGUAUCUGCUUGGAGGUAACAGCCGAUGGUCGAAUGGUUCGAGCAGGGAGCGCAAGAGCGUGGCUUGGGGACGAAUGGGACACGGUCUCUUUGAGUGAACCUAUCGACUUGGGCCGGAGAGAUCAGGCGCAAGCGAGCAACUUCGAGACAAAUUUUUUGCGAGCGGCAAGCGCACGGCAUCACAGUACACUCUCUGCGACUCGGAUGUACUCCUUCCCGUGCCGCCUUGAUAUUGAUGCUGGUCAUGAUGCUCAUCGUGAGGCUAGGCUAGGGACGAGCGACAGCAGCCAAAGAGCGAGCGGCAUCCUGGGAAGCAGAGGAGGCGGCGAGCGGACGAUGGGGGAGGUAAAAGGCAAGGCAGACAAAGGCCACGGGGUUCCACGUGCCAAUACAAAUGCUGCGUAUCCCAUGGUGCGGAACGGCGGAUUUCUUCCCAUGUUUUUCAAUUCAGCGACGUUAGCACGAUUACACCUGAGUCGCGCCGAUCAUCUUCGCUACGAGAGAGAGACGAUGCGGUCCCGCAUGCAAACGCCGUCGGUAGAACGAGUUAGCGCACAGAAAUUAGCCAAAUUGGAGAACCAAUUUGACGUUCCACAUUUCGGAGAGAAAGCAGUGCUGUGCUGUCUGUCACACCAUUCCGGGCAGACGAUUGUGACAGAGAUGUGGAAGGAGGGGAGCAAGGUCAUGUUCCAGAGCAAACUCAAGGAGUUGGGUAGUGCCGCCCUUAGCAACGCAGCAUGCACGUUCUCAUCGUGA